GGCUUGACACUCAGUGUCUUGAUAAGAUGGUCAUUUCUUGUGUGGUAGUGGGCUGCGCGAAUCGUUUCAAGAAAGGUUCAGGCGUGAAAUUUCAUCGCGUACCGACUGAAACUUGCAGACGACAGAAGUGGCUACAGGCAAUCAAUCGGAAAGGCUGGACCCCGGAGCACAAUGGAGAUCGCGUAUGCGGGGAUCACUUCAUUUCAGGAUCUGCAAGCUCUGACAAGAAUGAUCCUGACUUUGUCCCACAUCUUAAUAUGGGAUAUCAGUCCACAUCACUGGCCACCCCUGAAGCAAAAAAGCAAAGAUUUCUAAGGGCUCAAAGGCGGGUUGAUGAAAAGGGGAGAAAGGAAAUGGACCUUCGCGAAAAAGAAGAUGUUGCUUCCAUUCUCAUGGAAAUGUCACUUAACAAGAGCAGCGCCCCAGUAGAGGAGGAAAAAGAAAAUGAACUCUCACCAAACAAAGCAGAUAUCCAUGACCCGUGUCUUCAGAAGAUCCUGACACUAAAAGCGGAGAACAAACAGCUGCUUCAAGAAGUGGAAACUUUACAGAAGGAGUUGAGAGAGACAAGACAAAAACUUGAAAAGAAUAAGUUUGGCGAUUCAUUUCUUGCAGGUGACAAGAGGGAUGCAAGAACUGUUUUUUACACUGGCUUAAAAAACCAUGCAAUGUUUCUGUGGCUGGUUCAGUUGUGUGCUUCUGUGCUACCCACAUCAAUGCAGCUCAGUCCUGCCAGUGUCAUGAUGCUUGUGUUGAUGAAGCUACGACUGGGAUUAGUCAAUCAGGACCUGGCCUACAGAUUUGGAGUUUCCAAACAACAUGUGAGCCAUCUCAUGAACAGUGCCCUGCCUCCCCUAGCAAAGAAGUUGUGCUUCUUAGUUCACUGGCCAGAGAAAGAAGAAAUUGUUAAGUUUAUGCCCAAGGUAAUUAAAGACUGUUAUAAAAAAUGUAGGGUUAUCAUUGACUGUUUUGAAAUUUUUGUGGAGAGACCCGGUAAUUUUACAGCCCGGGCAAUGACCUGGUCAAACUACAAGAGCCACAACACUGUCAAGAUUCUUGUAGGCAUAUGCCCAAAUGGAACAAUUGCUUUUGUGUCAAGGGCAUUUGGUGGCAGGGUAUCCGACAAGGUGAUAACACAGCGAUCUGGAUUUUUGCAGCUAUUGGAGCAUGGUGAUUUGGUUUUAGCGGACCGUGGAUUUUUGAUUUCGGAUGAACUAUCUGCAUGUGGAGCACAGCUUGCUAUUCCAGCAUUUACAAAGGGGAAAUCACAACUUAGCCCGAAAGAGAUUGAAACUGGACGGAGACUAUCAAGAGUGAGAAUACAUGUUGAGAGGGCCAUUGAAAGACUGAAAAACUUUAAAAUUAUAAGUACCACAAUGAACAUCAACACUGUGCCCCACACUGAUAACAUAGUCUCAAUCUGCAGUGCCAUCACCAAUCUACUUCCACACCUUGUGGAAUGAGAAGAAUGCCAGACUGACUGAGUUUGGUUUUACGCCGCUUUUAGCAAUAUUCCAGCAACAUCACGGCGGGGGACACCA